UCGGCGGCGGGGCGUUGCGUAACCGCGGUUGGUGACGUCACCAAGAAGGAAGAGACGGAGACCCCCCCGACUCGCCAUGGACGACACUUUGUUCCAGUUGAAGUUCACAGCGAAGCAGCUGGAGAAGCUCUCCAAGAAGGCGGAGAAGGACGCCAAGACAGAGCAGGCCAAAGUCAAGAAGGCGCUGCAGCAGAAGAAUGUGGAGGGCGCGCGGAUUUACGCGGAGAACUCGAUCCGCAAGAAGAACGAGGGGCUCAACUGGCUCCGCAUGGCGUCCCGCGUCGACGCCGUCGCAUCCAAAGUGCAGAGCGCGGUCACCAUGAAGGCGGUGACCAAGAACAUGGGUCAGGUGACCAAGUCGCUGGACAAGGCCCUCAAGUCGAUGGACCUGCAGAAGGUGUCGGCCGUCAUGGACAAGUUUGAGCACCAGGUGCAGAACCUGGACGUCCACACCUCGGUGAUGGAGGACAGCAUGAGCUCGGCGACGACGCUCACGACGCCCCAGGACCAGGUGGAGAGCCUCAUCCACCAGAUCGCCGAGGAGAACGGCCUGGAGGUCAUGGAUCAGCUGGAGCAGCUGCCGGCCGGGGCCUCCACCGUGGGCGAGGCCAGCGCCCGCGGCCAGGAGGACCAGCUGUCCCGCAGGCUGGCCGCUCUGAGGCAGUGAACGCGGCCGGGAGAAGAGCUGCCUGCAAUGGUUGAGAUAAUUCACGUUUGUAUAUACAGUAUAUAUAUGUGUACACGCAGAUAGACUCUUACGUACACACACACAGUCUUACACACACACGCACGCACACCUGCAAAACACUCACGUGCAGUGCGCUAACCACUGCGCCACCACCCGGCACACACAGAAAGACAAAGAUCCUCUGUUCUCACAAACGCGUAGAUCUCCCGUGUGGCCAACGCAGGCUGUUGGGGCAAAUGCUGUUAAGCGAGCACCUAUGAAGGCCGGCACGGCACGGCACGGCACACGCCCGUCCGGCUUUGUCUCCCCCGUGGCGAUGGUUUUACACACCGCACCAGGUAGUCAUUUGAGGCCGAGUCGACCUAGGGGAGGCCCAGGACCGGUCGCAGACAAUUGUCGCCGGUGUUGUGCCGUGAGCGCUCCCCACACAACACUUGACAUUGCGCCUGCCUCGAUGCGCGUGCCUGUACACGCUGGCACGCACUUGGAGCCACACACCACACCUCCCAUGCACCGAUCUAAACUUAGCCGCUGGUUGCGGUGAUGAGUAAUCUGCCCGCGCUGUUUGUUUUUUUCGUUGCGUUUCUCGGGUUUCCUCCGUGCGGCUUUCUUUUUUCCUUCCCUCCCUCCGUGGGUUUUUUAUUUUAAUCGGCGUCAGCGGCGCCAGCGGUGGCAGCGUCCGAAACAAAAGCCAACGGCUGGUACAGUGCGUCCUCCAAAUAACGUCGCCGGCAGAUAAUUUUGGGGACCCCCCCCACCACAAAAAAAUCGAUAGCCUGAGAAUAAAAGGGAAUAAAUAAUAAUCGCGCAGAGCAGACUGUUGUGACUGCCGUGGACGCCCGGUUCAGCGCUGUCACAGCCGCGGUGGCGUUGAAAUAGCGCGUUCCAGAGUUGGCUUUGCGUGGUCGUCGGUCGAAGGGGAGCCGCGUGAAAGAAUGGGGGAUACAUUUGGGCUCCGUUGAAACAAGGGGAUUUGUGAACGAAGCUGAUAUACCGGGGCGGGGCGGGGGGCUGGGGUGGUAGGUGGGCACGGGGAGGCACCCCCAUCGCUGGGUUUGGAUGCUAUUUUGAGGACGCGCUAUUUUGGAUUUCGUACCCAGCACUUUGUGUGAGAGCGAGAGUCGUGUGCGAGUGUGACGGUAAGAGAGUAGUGUGUGAGGGUAGUGUGAGGGAUGUGUGUGAGUGUGAGUGAGAGUGUGUGAGUGUGUGAGUGUGUGAGUGUGUGAGUGUGAGUGUGUGAGUGUGAGAGUAGUGUGUGAGUGUGUAAGAGUGUGAGAGUGUGUGAGUGUCAGAGUGUGUGAGUGUCAGAGUGUGUGAGAGUAGUGUGAGAGUGAGUGAGAGUGUGUGAGAGUGUGAGUGUGAGAGUUGUAGUGUGUGAGUGUGAGAGUGUGAGUGUAGAGUGUAGUGUGAGUGUAGUGUGAGUGUAGUGUGUGUGUGUGAGUGUGUGUGUGUGAGUGUGAGAGUGUGAGUGUAGAGUGAGUGAGUGUAGUGUGAGUGUAGUGUGAGUGUAGUGUGUGUGUGAGAGAGUGAGAGUGUGAGUGAGAGUGUGAGUGAGUGUAGUGUGUGUGUGAGCGAGAGUGAGAGUGUGUGAGAGUGUGUGUGUGAGUGUGAGUGAGUGUGUGAGUGAGUGCGCUAAUCCUACCUUCUACGCGCUGCGGGAGCCGUUGGCACAGCAAGCCCCCGCGGCGUCUCAGCCCCUCCCAGUGCUCGUACUCGUCGUACGAUCGCCCUUUGUCCACUGGCACAUCCGAACCGAGCCAGGGGGUGGGACAAGCUCGCGGUGCUGGUGGGUGCCGUGUUUGCCCCCCCCACACCCCCCCUGUUUUGCCGGACCUCGCCAAAGACGUCUGAAUCUGGCUCGGGGGGGGGGGGGGGGCAAGCAGGGCCGGGGAAGGAGCUGGCGGUGAGUUGAUGUCGCGCGUGUCGCCGUGUCGCGACUCGCACGGCGUCUCGACUUGUCCAUUCUUGACGUUGGCGUGCCACUGACUUAGCCCCCCCCCCCCCUCCGGCACAGCCGGGUUGUACCGGUGGAGGAGAGAGGGUAUUGACAUCGACGCCAAAUUCGCCACCGGAUAUUUUCCGUGUCAACGCGAGUCCGGAGUCGAUGGGCCGUGACUUGCAGCGGCCGUCAGGCGACGUUCUUGACGCCGAUGACCCGGAGAGACACCCGGCCGAGGUUGAGCGGCGCUGGUUACAGCGACACGUGGGGUCGCCUCCUCCUCACUCUGGAGAUCCCUACCCCCCCCCCCCAACAAGAUCCCCUCCCCCCCCACACAUCCCCCCACCAAGAUCCCCACCACCACCUUACCACCCCCGCACCCCCAUCAACAUCCCACCCCCCC